AUGUCCACCGCUUCCAACGAUGGCAGGGUCAGUCUCUCCUCGACGCAGUUUGAUGGCGAUGCUCGAUCGAGCGUCCCUUCGCUUCGUGCCGCCUCUCCCUUCUGGCUUGCCGAUGAACUGAUCGACGGCGUUUCGAAACUCAAACACUCCCACUCCCGGGGCAUUUCUGUGGCCUCGAGCAACACCUUGACGAAUGGAGGCAGCCAGGUUGGCAGCCAGAUUCACUUGGAUGGGCACGCCAGCUUAACUGAUCUCCUGGUAGAUUCGGCACCUCAUCUCCUACAUCUAUCGACUGUCAGGAUAGAUGACUCAAGGUUCAGAAUCGUCUCAUCUACGCCCAAGGAACGGCUCGUGACGCCGGUCGAAGAACAGAGGCACCCUGGCAAGCCAGGCGUACAGUCUUACAACUCGCGACCGUUUGAACCGGAGCCGCCGAGGGAAAGCGACGUGCGAAGCCAACGAUCCUCCGUCACGGUGACGGAAACCACCGAUCAAAAUCAGUUCUUACAGGGAAUCCCGCUACUUCUACUCAGUACUGGACUCUCAUUAGUCGUUUUCUUAAUUUCUAUAGACCGAACUAUCAUUACAACCGCCAUUCCUUUCAUCACCGCCGAGUUUAAAUCUACGGCAGACAUAGGCUGGUAUGGCUCAUCAUACCUCCUUACGGCAUGCGCCUUCCAACCCGUCUUCGGACGCGUGUUCACUCUCUUUAACGCCAAAUGGUCGUAUCUCCUUUCUAUGGUUGUUUUCGAAAUAGGCUCCAUCAUCAGCGGGUUCGCGCCGUCUUCAGCAUGUUUGAUUAUUGGGCGCGCAAUUGCCGGCUUUGGCAGCGCCGGGAUCUUAACGGGGAGUUUUGUUAUAGUUGCUACGGCUGUACCAUUGAAGGCAAGGCCGGUAUAUACUGCAGUGGUUGGGUUAAUGUUCGGUGUUGGCGCCACGGUUGGCCCUCUCAUCGGAGGUGUAUUUACAGAUCUGGUCACGUGGCGAUGGUGUUUCUGGAUCAACCUUCCAGUCGGUGCCGUGACUAUCAUUGUAAUGAUACUUGUAUAUCACCCGCAGCCACGCAAGGAGACUAAGCAGAGGAUUACACAGCGAUUGAUCAACCUCGACCUCGUCGGAAACGUAAUCCUCUUAGGCGCUGCGGUGAUGUUAUUCCUGGCUCUGGAAUACACCCUGACAGGCGCCGACUGGGCAAGCGCAAUAGUUAUUGGGCUGCUCUGCGGUGCCGGCGUAACAGCUAUUGUACUUGGUGGGUGGCUCCGGUGGAAGAAAGACCGUGCUUUGAUCCCGCCCGCAAUUGCCAAGCAGAGGACCGUGGCAGCGUCAUGCCUGAUGGCGUUUUUCACCUACGGCGCUCUCCUCAUCCAUACGUAUUUCCUACCGAUUUGGUUCCAAGCCAUCUUAGGCUAUAACGCCAUUCACUCCGGCGUCGCCAUGAUUCCUUAUUUUGUCGCGAACGCCCUAUUCUCCGUCUUCUCCGGCAUCUUCGUCUCGGCCGUCGGCUACUUCACGCCCCCGGCCAUCCUGGGAAGUGCCAUCGGCACCGUAGGCUGCGGCAUUAUCACUCUGUUCCGCCCGACCAUGAGCACGGGAAUGUGGAUCGGAUUCGAAAUUCUCGCGUCGGCCGGGUUCGGUAUGUCGAUCCAGCAGGGCUUUACGGCGGUGCAGACGGUAUUAGGGCCGGAUGAGCUCGCCGUGGGUACCGCCGCCGUCGUCGCGUCUCAAUCCCUAGGUGGCGCCGUGUUUAUAUCGGUUGGCAAUAGCGUCUUCCAGAACCGUCUUGCGGAUCUCGUCGAGCAGGCGGAUAUUCCAGGUCUCGACGUCCGUGCUAUCGUGGGCGCAGGGGCCAUCGCCUUUCGAAAGGUUGUACCGGCCGAGCAGCUUCCCGCUUUAUUGACGCUGUACGACCAAGCACUGCGUACGGUCCUUCUCGUGGCAAUACCGCUCGCCGGCCUAGCGUUCUUGUCGUGCUGUGCCUUGGAGUGGAAGUCUGUCAAGAAACCAAACAAACCCGUACCUGGAACGGAAAAGGUGUAG